UCUAGUCAGUCCACUAUUGUCACGCUGUUGGCUGGUUCCACAUAUCAGGUUCACAUAACUCAGGUCUGUGGCAUAUUGCAAGUAAAGAGUGCUGGUAUGACUGUUAUUGAAUGUGCCAGACUGCAUUGACCACUGGGAAUAGAAUCAGGAAUACUGGACAUUGUGUCGGGAUUAAUGAGAUUUAUCACCCGCUAGACUAAAAUUCAGGAAUCGACAUAAGUCUAAUGAUGUUGAUAUGAUUUUCACCAUGCGGAGAUUCGUAAAUUCGUUAAGUGCUUAUGACUUUGUGGACCGUGGACAUUGACAUUGGGUGUUUUAUAUUGAAUGGGUGUCCACUGCAUCAGGUGAUGACCUUUCAAAGAGGCGAGGUCUCCUGUUAUUUCAUUUGGAAUUAAUUGUGCCCGUGGAUCAGGUUGUUUAUUGUGCCUCGUGAUGGUCAUGUUGGCUGGUGAUUGGUCCGAUAAUUGGACGAGUGUUGAUGUAUAUACAUGUGGCAGUAAUCUCUCAUUGCUACUGUAAAAUCAGUUGACUUGGCAGAUAUUGAGGAUAAGGAACAAAAGGUGCCAGCUUUAUGUAGUACCGGCACAAGUUUUAAAAACUUCUAAAUCUGAUAGUCAUCGUAAUCAUAACUUCCUCUUGAACAUUAGGGACCUGAUGACAUUGAACUGAGGACACCACUAGACACAUUGUUCAGGUAAUAGGUUGAUGAAAUAAACAAAUAUUCAAUAUCUAGCUGAAGGAUGGAUACAUAACCCGGAGUGGUUCAUAAUGUUACUUGUAUGGGAAGGGACCACUGGAAAUUGAAACUACAGAUUUGUACAGCUAUACCUCAUCACCCCUGAUCAAAUCACAUCGAGGACUUGAUUAGAAUUAAUGCAUUUCUUACAAGUGUGUAACUGGAUUUGAUUUUUUUCAAAAUUGUUCGACAUGAAUUAAUGAAGGAUCUGUGCACCUGUCGAUUGCACAGGGUUGUCAAUAUCAUCGGAAUAUUCAAGAGCCAUGUCGCUGAUGUCAACUGGUCAUUGUACAUUACACAUUUGAUCAAAUCACUCACACAAAUGGAUUUUCACCAACGGUCUUGAAAUUCUUUCUAGUUUUCAACGAAAUGCUCCGAAAAGGAGUUUUGGCCCACUCACGUUGCAGCGCAUGAUGGAAAAUUGUGGCAGUGUACUUGCAGAUCUUUGGAUUUUAUCAGUGAUUGUUGUUAACAGAAACUGUAAAGUUCUCUAUCAAGUUUCAGGAGAAGUGCAGUGUGUGAACAUGUGAUUAAGCAGAUUUAUUCCAUGUAAAAUUAUUCAGAAAGUUAGAAGAUUUGAAUGGAGCUAAGACCUUUUAGGAUUUGAAUGUCAAUAUUCAAUGGCAACUGAUCAUCAUUUUUUUGUAUCUCAAGGAUGAGGACUGCCUUUUCUCACAUUGAUGUUAACAUGUUGUAUAUGAUAGCACGUUAAUGGGAGAAGACGGACAUUAUAGAAUAUGUCUAAAACUGAACACUCUCUCGAUUUAUGGGGUAAUAACCUGAUGUGCGGUCUUACCCAUGAAUACGGGGAGUGUCACGGGAACAAACUCAUCUGGAUUACUGGGUGUGGAUAUCACUGGGCCAAACAGUACGGAGGUAGCUAAUAUUCUUACAACGAAUGCAAUUGUAAACUUCACAGCCUUUUCUGAUGCAAAUUUGACUGGAUAUGGAAAUACUUCGGUUUGGCACAAUGGGACCAGUUUAAAAAAUGUAACAGUGUCAGAGGUUUUCAGCAGAAAAGUAGAAAGUCUGGAGCAUUUGGCAGUGAUUUAUAUGUGCAUACUUGGAGUACUUGUGAUCAUUGCAAAUUGCACCGUUUUGGCGAUAUCGAAGUUUGCAACGGGUGGGAAAAGUGCAACAUUGAUAUUUGUGCGUAGUUUGUGCGUUUCAGAUUCCAUAGCAGGAUUAUACGCUGUGAUAAAAACUGUUUUUAUUUACGUGGACGUUGAACGUGCACUGGUGAAUUGUUUCGUCGGCGAGUGCUUGUUUUUCACAUCGUUGAUGGCGUCUGUGUUCACUCUCCUUCUUCUUACUGCUGAUUGUUUUUUCCGCCUGCUAUACCCACUCCAGUGUCAGAGUUACAUGGACAAGAAACUAGUGAUAAUCUAUAUGAUAUUUCUAUGGAAUUUCAGCUUCAUAAUCGGAUUUUGUCCUUUGAAUGGCUGGAACAACAAUGAUUAUGAUAGUAACGAGUGGACAUUGGGGAAAAGGUGCAUGUUCUUUCAUUACUAUCCGUCUGCCUACUUUGUCAUGGUCACCAGCAUCUUUGUAACCUGCAUCGUGUUCAUGUUUGGCUUGCACGUAAAGAUCAGUAUUACGGCCAGAAGUAAGGCUUGGUGGGCAAAACGUUUCGGGCGCCAGCGAACAGAUUUGAAAAAAACAAUGAAAGUCGUCACCCUGGUUCGAAUCGAUAUGAUAGCAAGUUGUGUAUUUUACCUGCCAUUUUUUGUCUACACACUUUUAUACUGUAAGGAUUGUCUCUGGCACGACAUCAAUGCGGAUGCAUUGUAUUUAUUCUUCAUUCCUUUCAUGUUGGUCAAGUCAUUACUGAAUGCCAUGAUACAUGGUGGCCGCACAUCACAAUUUAAACAAGUCCUCCACAGAUUUGUACGAUCACGCUCCCUAGCGGAAGCAUUUGGUGGAAGCGAUCACCAUGCACGAGCAACUCAACAAGAAAGCAUUCCAUCUGUGGAUGCCACGCUCGAUAAUCGAACCAAAAGGAUGAAACCAGAUCUAUCAUCUGCAACUCUCGUUACCAUGGUCUCAACAGAGUCCGAUCACAAUUUCUCAGACAAAAAACCAGCCACAUUGCAGGCAUCAAAUUCAACAGUUCUUUCAAACAUUUCAAUUGUAUCGGGAUUAAACUCUCCACCUCAUCACUGCCCUGUACAAAAAACUAUUUCAGACUCCACCGUCCAGUCUGUUAUUUCUGCUGACUCCUACAUGAGGCAGAAAGAGCUACAACAAGUGACUAAUGUUCAAAACAUUUUGCGUCCACCAAGAUACCCAUCCAGUUCAGUCCGUCUUCCAAAUCAUACACCAUUACGUCGUACAAAAUCUGCUGACUAUAGCUACAUGAAUGGUAAGGCUCUCCGCCAUUCCUCUCCAAGGGAUUCCUGCCACCUUGCACAAUCCGUCAAGAGACACUCAAGACACUGUCCAGUUCAUGGUCACGAAAAUUCAGGAUAUAUACCGGAGCUGUUGCCAAUACAUUUUGAAAAAAAACAAUCAGAGUCAGUUUUUACAAGUGAAGUUACUGCCAAAGCUGUGGGGAGUAGUCCUGUUGUGGUAUCUGUGGAGGAUGCAAUCACCCCAUUAUGAUAACUUGUGAUGCCAAGAUGGAUAUUUUUUGUGACUGCUGUCUACUUGGAUUCUUUUAUUACUGCAAACCAAUUCAUUCUCUCUUCACAACACUAUUUUUGUUAUUCCCUCAAAUUUUGUUUAAGUAGAUAUUUAUUAGAUAUUCCAGAUACGGCGGACUGCUCCAUAGUCAGGGUUGGGAUCCUCUGGGGACGGGUGCAGUUGGUUCUUGUCACAAACAGUAUGGUUUGUGAUGAAGUGAUUGUUCUUUUUGCCGUGUUCCCAACUUUCCUUCUUUUAGUGACCGUACACAGGUGCCUUUACUUAUUCAAAAGAGGUCUUGUAUCAAGACCCUCUGGGAAUGACAGAAGAAGGGUACCUGUCCUGAAGUCCCAUAUAAAAACCUGACUCCUGAUAACCAAUUUUGGCGAAAUUCCAAUGGGUUCCACCACGCUAAAGUGCUGUUGCCGUCACGAAUGCUGCAAGUGACCACUCUCCCCUCAAUGACCUUUGAAAGUUGGCAGCUGCAGUCCACUGUGACCAAUGGUACAGUUGUUGUUGUGUUUCAGGAUAGAGAGACUUUGAAACCAGAUCUAACUAGAUUGCCCGGGGUGUGAAAUAUUCUGGUUGAUAUGGUGACAUAUGACAUGCCGUGUGACAUCUGUCACCAGCAGUCUGGCCAUCCAGCAUUAUAAAGUGUUUGUCGGACCUUUAUCUGCUUUACAAUUUUAUAUAGAUUAAAGUAGAUUUUGUAUUGUAUGAGAUUGAUGAUGGGCUUUGAAAAAUGACUGAAGUUUCUAUUGAGUGUUACUCAUGUAAAAAUCUGCAGUCAUCGUUAUUUUUUCUGGCUGUGGUGCAUCAGUAUCAGUAGUUCGAAGUUUUAAUAAUGUCUUUUUCUUAUUGUAGUUUAAAAAGCUUAAAAUAUUAUUUAUAUAUCCAUUAUUGUAAA